AUGGGAGAUCCCGUCACCAGAAAAAGUGCAGCAGUUAGCAGACUGAGGAAUAAUUUGAAGAAGAAAAGGGAAGCCCUGGCUGAUCAGUUUGACUUCAAGAUGUACAUAGAAUUUCACUUCAAGGAAGAGAAAAAGAAGAAUGCACUGUUUGAGGUGGCAGAGGUCUUACCGGUGAUGACAAAUGACUAUGAACACAGUAUAUUGCAGGGUGUGAAGAAUGACUCGUACUCCUAUGAGAGCUCACGCGCAUUGAUUGAAAAGGAUGUUGUUCAGUUUCAUGCCCACAGGUGGCAGCCCAUGAGACGGGAUGUGAUUGGCUGUACCAGUCAAGUUGAUUUCUUUCUCUGGCCAAGAAAUGAUAUUGAAAGCAUUCAGUGCCAUUUAUAUUCCCGGUGGAAGGGUGAAAACUCACCUUAUCGACUUUUAAAUGCAGAGUACAUCUUUCGUAGUGAUGAAUAUGAACGCCAGUUAAUGCGACUCCUGACCGUGCGUGACAAAACUGGACUCAUAGUUACAAACUCAGACCACACCGUUUUCCUGUUUGUUGACAAACAACAUCUCCAGACCAACAAAAAUCAAGUGCUGGUUUACAAGUUACACAGCUUGUGCCUUUACAUGCCUCAGGAUCAGUUGAUGAACUGGACUUCAGGAACUGUUGAAGAGUUGGUAGCCAGUCACUUUGUCUAG